AUGAUCCGCCUACGAUUAUUUUACGCCACGCUUGAAAUCCUGUCGACAGCCGACACAUCUGAAAUCAAGAAAGCUUAUAAAAGUCUCUGUCUUCGUUAUCAUCCGGACAAAAAUCUGAGUACCCAAGCCAGAGCGACCCGAGAGUUCCAAAAGCUUCAAGGUGCCUAUAACGUCCUGAUUGAUCCAGAGGAGCGUUCGUCAUACGAUGAUAAAGUCCUCCAGACCUACAUGCGGUGGCUUGAGUGCAGAAUGGAACGCAUCACGUCUUGCCUGGCCUGUGAAACCGACCUCGACACAGCGCAGAAGACAGAGCUUUCGGCUCUUGAAGAUCUUCAAACCCACCUUCAACUCGAGUUAGGCAGUGUUACCAAGUUGAUCACAAACAGCAAGAGUCCUUCUUCAGUUCGCACCCUAAGUGACAUUCGGAUAUGCAGAGACGGCGGGCUCAACAAAGCUAAGGAACGGUUCCAAAUUGCUGCCCCGGAAGCCGCUUCGGAAACAGUGAUGAAGCAACGGACUAUGGAGCUGGAAAGGCAAAACUUGAAGCUGGUCAACACAGCUACCCUCCUGAAUACUGCAAGGGCUCAGCUGAUCAGCAAGGACAUGACACUCAAGACACUUGGCGCCGAGAACACAAAGCUCAAGAAGAUGGUGUCGGAUUACAACAACAGUAUGGGCAUACUUGAGACUAGCUUUCAGAAGGUCGAGGAGACUACCAACAACUUGGCGAUUGGAGCGCUGCUUUAG